AUGGGCGAGUGGGACCGGGUGUUCCGGCAGCACCGGCCGCUGCCGCCGCAUCCGCAGCGGGGCCGGGCCCGGCCCCCGCCCCGCUCCACCGCCUUCCGCUGCGUCCUCAAGUACCUGCACGGCGCUGCCCUCUCCCAGGGAACCAAGUACCAGCUGCGCCUCUCCCUUUUCGAUGCCACCUACCACCACUUCUUUGGGAAGACGUGGAGGAGCAGCUGGCGAGCUGCCAGCUCUGCCCCACCGCGCUCGGCCAGGGCGACCUUCAACGAGGUCGUUUAUUUCCACACCUCCUUGAACCACCCUGGCAUUGCUGCUGUCGUGGAAGUGGUAAUGACAGCUGGGAAAGGGGAUGGGGGCUCUCAGCAUCUUUCCUGUGGCUUUGGAACCAUCCCGCUCUUUCAUGGUGGAUCAGAGGUGACAAACCCAGCCACUGAGGACAGAACGCUGAAGCUGUACCAUGGAACGCCACGUGCCCUACUGCACCCACGCUUCCAGGACCCUAAGGAAAAAAACAAAUACAUGACAGUGAUGGAGAAGAGCCACCUGCAGUAUUCCCUGAAGUUCCACCAGCCCCUGGAGGCGAUAUUUCACCUCCUUCCUGAAAACCUGCUGAUAUCUGGGCUGCAGACUGUUCCUGGUUUGCUGCCGGCACGUGGAGAUGCAGAUGACUGCUUGCAGAAGCCCCGGCUGAUGAAGACGGUCACCUGCUAUCUGGAGCGGCUUUUCAUCCAGCUGUACCCUUCUCUGGAGGAGUUUGAGGAGGAGCUGUUGGAUUUACUGAACAGUGAUCGCUUGCUUCAGGCUAAUGCUGCACCAGAUGGUGAAGAGGUGGUGAUUCGGGAGCGGCGGCUGCACGUUGGUGUCCACAAUGGCCUGCGCUUUGUCCGGGCACCGCAGGUCGCUGUGCUGGUGCCGGAGGUGGAAUUGUCACCAGGUGGCUGCCAGAGGGUGCCCAGCUCUGGAGCCAGGGAUGCAGGUCAAGCCCUAGUGCUGAGGAGUCGCAUCCAGCUGAGUGAAAUGGUUCCUCACCCGGCUUUUGGGGUCUGCUUCCAGCUGGAAUAUGUCUUCUGCAGCAUGGGGAGAGCUGGUGGGAAGGCCCUGUCUGGCAGUGCCCGCAGUGAGGCAGCCGACAUGCGCUCGGUGCGCUGGGCUGUCUGGAGCCCUGUCCCGGCCACUGGUGACACAGACGUGGUCCUGCCCCUGCGUGGCGGUGCUCGCCGUGGCCCCUGCCAAACCUUGGUCUACCGGACCCCACCGAGCUCCCGGCAGGGGAAGCACGUGGAGUCUGGGACUGUCCAAUUCCAUGUUUCCACUGAUUCGGAAGAACAUCUUGUAACUGCUGCGGAGAUCCUAUGUAAAGACAGGGACGAGUUGAAGCAGCCUCCUACGCCAUCGCUGAGAGUGCCAACCCCACGGCAAGUGCCAGUCUCCCCACGGGGACCCAGGCUGUCGGUGUCCCAGCUCGUGGCCUCACCACGGGACAUAGGCCAGACUGUGCAGCAGGAUGGGGGCAUCACUCACCUGGAGGCCAACCUGGGCUUGCCGGACACAGAGCCCUGUGCCAACGACCAGCUGCAGGCACUGCCCUUCACCCCGCUGCAGCUGCCUAUGGCUGCUGUGGGGCUGCAGGCAUGCAGUUCCCAUGUGUCCCUCUCUCGUGCUGCUCUGGCACGCCUGCACGCUGCUGGCUUUCCAGACAUCCUGGACCGCAACCAGGAGCCAGUGGAAAUCUCAGAGCCAGUGGAGCUGGGCAGUUUCAACCUGCGGCUGGAGGAAGCUGACCCUCUACAAGGCAAUGAAAUAGUCCUGCAGUUCCUGGCUUUUGGCAGGGAUGCCCAAGGCAGUGUGGAGGGGCUGUGGCCGAGGACUGUCUUCCUCACCUUCCAGUUCUACCGUUUCCCACCAGUCACCACACCCCGGCUGCAGCUGGUCAGCACAGAUGGGGGCCUGGCAGCUGGUCUGGGUGGGCCGGCACAGCUCCUUGUCCGUGUCAAUGAGGAUGGCACCCUAAACAGGCCACCAGGCUUGCAGCUGAAGUACAUGGUGGAUCCAGCUUUCCUGAGGCCCGGGGAGCAGCGCUGGUUCCUGCGCUACCUGGCAGAGCACAGCCUCCAGAUUGACGUCUGGGAUGGAGACUCCCUGCUCCAUGUUGGGUCUGCUGCCAUUAAACUGGAGCCCCUGCUGCGCCAGGGUCAGACGGCCGUCAGGACCUACCACGAGCUGGAGGUGGCCACCACUGAGUACGAGCCAGACGGGACAGUGAUGGGCAGAGAGGCUUUGAGGCACGGUGCCCUGCGGCCCCUCGGUGUCCGUGUGGCUGUGAGGGGCCGCCUCCACCUCUGUCUGGCCAAUGUUGGCCACCCAUGCGAGGAGACCCCAGGGCAGCUGCCAUCCCACUCCCGCAUUGUCACUGCACCAGACAGCACUGUCAUCACCCCAGGUGGUAACUGGUGCUCCCCGAAUACUCCUGGUGGCAGGCGGACGGCGUGGGCACGGAGGCUGGUGGAUGUGGACAACGAGCUGGAGGCAGCACUGCGCAGUCGCCGGCCAGAAGGCUGGCCAAAGCAGCGUGCCUGGGACCUGCAGGUCAUUGAUUCCUACCGGGAUCACAUCAAGGGAGAGACCAUCUACCAGAUGCUCAGCCAGGCCAUCACAGCCACCCACACUGUCCACGCUGUGUUGGGGACAGCUGAGUUCUUCGAGUUUGCCCUGAAGAACCCAUACAGCAUCCAGCACACCGUGACCAUCGAGGUUGACCACCCUGAGCUCAGUGUCAUAGUGGACCCGAGGGAGUGGCGUCACUUCAAGGAGCUGACCAAGAGUGUUACACCGGUGGAAGAGGAUAUGUUCCAUCUCCGUGAUGACCUCAAGCCUCAGGUCUACCUGCGUCCCAGUGAGACUGUCCACAUCCCCUUCAAAUACCAGACCUUCUCUGCAGACCCUGCCGUGGUUGCAGCACAGGGGCCGGCUGGGCUGGGCAUCGGUGCCCGUGAGAACACUCACUCCCUUGGGAAGAGUGGGGCCAAGCAGACAAAGCUCAUCCAGGUUAGGGAGCCAGGAGAAACACUGCUUGAGGGGCUGCUUGGGAGGAGCAGAAUCACUGGAAAACCCCAUCCCUCUCCCGCUGACCUGGGGCAGGUCUCCUUCCAGGUGAGCGGGGGGAAGCCCAUUGCACUCCUGCGGUUGAAGGUGGAGCCACAGCCCCAUGUGGUGGACCAGACCUUCCGCUUUUACCACCCAGAGCUCACCUUCCUGAAGAAAACCAUUCGGCUGCCUCCCUGGCACACCCUUCCUGGCACACCAGUGGGCAUGCCAGGCGGGCAGCCCGAGAUGUUUGUUCGCUGCAGUGACCCUGACAUCAUUUGUGAAACCAAAUCCUUGGGGCCUGGUGAGCCACAGGACAUCUUCCUCAAAGUAGCUGGAGGACCAAGCCCGCAGAUCAAAAAGUUCUUUGUUGCUAUUUAUACGGACACCUGGCUGGCAGCACCUGUCCAGAUCUGGCAGUUCUACCUGCACUCGCUGCAGCGCCUGGACGUCGCCUGCACGGCCGGGCAGCUCACCCGCCUCUCCCUGCUGCUGCGUGGCACCGCGGCCCCACGGAGGGUGCGGGCCUUCACCUCCCACCCCCAGGAGCUGGAGGUGGAUCCGAACGGUGCCUUCCUCCUCCCUGCCAAUGGCAUUCAGGACCUGUACAUCGGCGUGAGGCCACGGCGGGCUGGGAGCAAAUUCAUCUACCUCAACCUGGUGGAUGCGGAGUCCCACCAGCUGGUGUCCUCCUGGCUGCUCUGCUUGUCCUGCAGGCAGCCUCUCAUCUCCAAGGCCUUUGAGAUCUCUCUGCCUGCGGGAGGUGGGAAAGGCUGCAACAAACGCAUCACCUACACCAACCCCUACCCCUCGCCCCGGCUCUACUUCCUCUGCACCAACCGCCCCGACCUGCUGCAGUUCAAGGAGGAUUCCUUCGAGGUGGCUGGAGGGGAGGUGUACACAAUUGGCCUGCGCUUCGCCCCGAGCCAGACUGUGGGGGAGGAGGAGAUCCUGAUUCACAUCAAUGACCACGAGGAUAAGAACGAGGAGACCUUCUGCGUGAAGGUCCUGUACCAGUGAGGCUGCCUGCCCGUCGCUGCAAAGCUGCAGGUUCCUGUGCCAGCCCAGCAGCUUCAUCAGCUCCGCCUUGGGGGUGCCUGUGUCUGUCUGAGGGUGGUCAUGACCCCUGUCCCCUGGCUGUCACCUUGCCAGGCUGGUGUCUCUGUCACUGGGAUUCCCAGGCAUUGCCGUGAGUGCUGGUGGUGCCAUGUGGCUCCCUCCACAGAAAUUGAGAUGAGUGGAUGUGUUUGUUACGGCACUUUGGGAGCGCAGAAUCUGUAUUUUUGUUAAGCGUGAUGAUAUUUUAGGCACUUUGAAUCUUUUUUUAACUUGAAAAAUUUGCAGAUUUGAUUCUGCGGAAUAUUUUUAAAGUAUUUUAUAUGCAACGGUGAGUUUUGUACACACUUAGGCAGUUCUAUGGGAUUUUUGAUACUUUCUACUCAUCCUUGAUCCAUUAAAAUUGCUGUGCACAA